ACACAAUGAGAGACGUCACAAAGACUACGUUAGAAACAACAUUGGCAGUACUCAUUGGCAUCGUCAAAACAGCCCCGAGCUCUUUAGCAGUGAAUCGAACACACUAAGAACCCGAAGAAAGGCAAUUUUCGACGGAAGAAUUUACUACGAAGGAAGUGAGAAGCGUGGAAUUAUUUCGCGGCGGUAGACGCGUGGCCAGUGAAUCGUGAACAGUGAGAAUCAUGCCAUCACCAAAAAGUUCAAGGUCUGCGCCCACUCACUCCGUUGACCAAAAGCUGCUACGAGUCAAAGAUGUUGUCAUCCAUCGAAGCACAGAGAAAGGCAACAGUUGUCAGUGUUGCGGGAAGCGACUUGUGGCACUCCCGCUCCUUGGCUUUACAAUUCUUUCCAUUGGAUGUCUUCUUGGAAUCGGUUAUUUUAGCAUCCACGGAGUAACAUCCUCUGCGUACCAUACAGAAGGGCUGAUACCAUCCUAUGUUACAGGCGCAUUGCUUGGGUUAGUGGGAUUUCACCUGAUGUUAAUGUGCAAGCCAAGAUGUAAAUUUCUUAUUGUUUCGUCAAUAAUUUUCACCGUGGCAGCCGCAUUUCUUUGUUUCGCCGGAGCACUUUUUACUGGGACCGAAAUAGCGCCUCUCCUUUCAAAGAUGGGCAACUGUCAAUAUUUCCCUGUGGAGAACUCGUGCAAGUGCUUUCAUCACAGCGAACUACGACAAGUGUCGAUAAUCUUUAGAGACACUGCAAACUGUAAUGGUAUCCAAAACAAGCUGCGUGACCUGGUAUACGGCAUGUGUGGCGUGUACAGUGGUGGACUGAUCACCUGCAUUCUGGCCGCAGUCAUGGAGACGGCAUUACUGUGUCGCAAAAGACGGUCUAAGGCCACCCUACACUCCAGGUCAGAUGGUGAUGGCAAAUGUACCGUAAAUUCUCGCCAGUCUCAAACAUCGCAAACAGACCUCAGCGUUAUCGAAGAGGAAGACGUUGAACUCGCAGCAACAGAAAUUCAACGUUCACCCAUCGAAACUCAAGCCAGCCAAACACCAUCGAACUUUGUACGAGAUGUGCCUUGUUCGCACUACGUGGUCGAUAUGAGCAUUCCGCGACGAGAUUACGUUAUCAAUUAUAAUUCCAAUUCCAGACAUGACCCACCUCCUCCGUACACCGAGUGAAAAUGUGCCAUGCACGUUAGUGGGGAAGGGUUACGGCGGGGAGGCUGAGAUCGGUGCUCUUGCUGGCUCAACAGACAAAAUAAAUAAAAAGCAACAAAAACAACAACAACAAGAACAGAGCUGUUCGUUUUGGAAUGAGGAUGUGAUAGGGAAACUAAAAAUCCCACAGACCACUUUAUCAAGAUAGCCCGCUUGUGAAGUCUACGAGUAAGUUACUUUAACAGAUUAAGCCAAAUUUAGUUCUGAAUCGAUCAGCGUAUUGAAAUUAUACGUCUGUAGUGAUUAAUUCAUUUAAGGCUUGUAAAUAACAGAUGGAAAAUGUUGGAAGUGUAAUGGCUUCCGAAAAUUCUUUGUAUUAUAUGUUAAAAUACAUCUGUACAUAUAAAACUGUAAAGGUCAUUUUUGAGAAUUUCUUCAUAGGUAAGGGGCUUUUCCCUGUGGCCAACUAGUCAUGGCUACACGCUUUUCAAAUUUUUAGAUGUCAUUGUAAGGAUACUCUCAUAAGAUUUCUGUUUGUAAUCACACUUUAAUCUCGAUCAGUGAUUUGAUGAACAUUCAUCGUGAAUUAUUUUUGUAACCUAGAAAUAACUUCUGUUGUUUUCUGAGGGACGUUAUUCACUUUGAAAAAAAAAUAAAAUUAUUACAUUAUUUUAA